CAGCGCGGCAACUGGUUGAGUAACGGGAGGUAAUAACAUUUCAACAUGAUUGUAGAAAAGCCAGAAGUCUUGAAGCAGUGGAUGGCAGACACAUUGGAGCCCCUGUGUGAUGCAGAGCCCACCAAACUUGCCAGAUAUGUCCUGGCACUCAUCAGGAAGGAGAUAUCGCCAGAGCGGCUGCGGGCCAGUAUGCUGGACAACCUGGAUGUAUUCUUGCAUGAGCGAGCCAGCCAGUUCGUGGAACGACUGCUGGCGGCGCUGGAGACGCGCUCGUACGAGGGACGCACGGACGGGCGCGUGGUGACACGGCCGGCGCCGCCAGCGCCGCGCCGCCAGGUCCUGCUGCCCGAUCAUGACGACAGCUGCGCACAGAGGUCGCCGUGCCCCGAGCGGCACAACCGCCGGCGUGCGGGCUCCGCCUCCCCGCCGCGACCAGGGCCGGCCGCUCGCCUGGUGAGAGUCUUCCCGCCGCCGCCGGCCGCCCAGCUCGGCACCGGCGGAUAG